AGUGAAACGGGAUUUCUAGCAGAAUGCAACUCUGGCUGGGAGGCGUUCUUGUUAUUGUUGAAUUUUCCUUCGUGAUGAAUAACGUCUGCUCACCGUGCCAAAAAGGACGUGAAAAAAAGUGACGUGACGCGCAGUAUAAUGGAUUAAUGCAUCAGUGGCGAAGGGCUGUGUCAGUUCAGUGCAAAAGUUUGUGGAUUCAAAUAUAUCAUGAGCCUCAGCCGCCAAACAUCAACUGGAUCAAGUGGUUCCUCCCGAAAAGCUUCAAUCGGGAGUAUCAACCGUAAAGCUUCAACUGAAUCUACAGGAUCUGGCAGAAGAUAUUCAACUUCUGGAUCUUAUAAUAAUGGAAUUGCCGUACUCACAGAAAACAUUUCAGUUCUACCAAAGUUGAUUGUCUUUGACUUAGACUACACGUUAUGGCCACUUUGGAUUGAGAUGUACAGUCCACCUUUUCACAUGGAGAGCCACAGAAAUGAACCUCAAGUAAGAGACAAGGGUGGACGAAUUGUCAACCCGUACCCAGAUGUGAAGGACAUCAUAGUGGAGCUGAAAGAGUCAGGCAUAGAGCUGGGCAUUGCUUCUCGAACACCAGAAAUCAAGGGAGCACGAAGACUGGUAGAGACUCUGGGCUGGGACAAGUACAUCCCUUUCAAAGAGAUUUACCCGGGAUGCAAGACAACCCAUUUUGAAAACCUCUGCAAGCACACUCAUAUUCCACUGAGUGAAAUGUUGUUUUUCGACGACGAAGAGCGUAACAUCAAGGACCUCACCGCUGCUGGAGUGGUCUCUUGUCUGGUCGACGACCGUGGAGUCACCAGGAAAGCAGUCAGAGACGGUCUAUUGAAGUUUGAAAAAGAGCGAAGCCACGAUAAAGAAGUCCAAAGCAAGUAAAUGCAGCGAUAGCAUUGAUAAUACUAUUAUACAUAUAAUAUGAGCAGUGCAACAAAUUUUUCAGUUCAUUUUGUAUAAUUCUGCUAUUUACCUCGUUUGCUUUAAAAGCAUCUCUCUAAAAUUAUCCUAGCGCUGAUCUGAUCGCUACUUAUUAUUAUAUAACCCAGUUACAAUUGUCAUCACAGCAUUUAAAUAGUUGUAAUAAUGUUUCGAUCUUCCCAAAAGUGCAAUACAGAUUAUUUGGAAAAUGGCCCAAAACCGUGUGCCGUUUCAACCUUA